CCGCCGCCCCGCCUGGCUCUUCCCGGGCUCGGCGGCGGGCGCCCGCUCCUCCGCGUCCCUCGGCGGCCUCGCAGGCGCGUGCCCUCCGGCCAAGGAGUCCCCCGGCUCCCGGCCCGGCCACCUCCUCGUCUGCCCGGCCGUGGAGCCAUGGCGUGGCGGCGGCCGCCCGGGGCCGGCGUUGGGGCCCGCGGCGCGCUGGCUCUGCUGGCCCUGACCCUGUGCGCGCGCGGGGCCCGGGGCCGGGCGCUCGAGUGGUACUCGGCCGUGGUGAGCACCGAGUACGUGGACCCACAAACGAACCGCACCGUGUGGAGCGUCUCGGAGAGCGGCCGCUUCGGCGACAGCUCGCCCAAGGAGGGCGCGCAGGGCCUGGUGGGCGUCCCGCGCGCGGCGGACCGCGACCCCGAGGGCUGCGCGCCCGACACGAGCUUCCUCGUGCCCGCGCCCGGCGGCCGGGGGACUGCGCCCUGGGUCGCCCUGGUGGCGCGCGGGGGCUGCACCUUCAAGGACAAGGUUUUGUUGGCGGCGCAGAGGAACGCCUCGGCCGUGGUCCUCUACAACGAGGAGCGCCAUGGGAACCUCACCGCGCCCAUGUCCCACGCGGGAACAGGAAAUAUAGUGGUCAUUAUGGUUAGCUACCCAAAAGGAAGAGAAAUAUUGGAUCUGGUGCAAAAAGGAAUUCCAGUCAAGAUGACCAUAGGGGUUGGCACCCGUCACGUGCAGGAGUUCAUCGGUGGCCAGUCCGUGGUGUUUGUGGCCAUUGCCUUCAUCACCAUGAUGAUUAUCUCAUUAGCCUGGCUAAUAUUUUACUACAUACAGCGUUUCCUCUAUACGGGCUCACAGUUUGGAAGUCAGAACCAUAGAAAAGAAACUAAGAAAGUUAUCGGCCAGCUUCCUCUUCAUACUGUGAAACAUGGAGAAAAGGGAAUCGAUGUUGAUGCUGAAAAUUGUGCAGUGUGUAUUGAAAAUUUUAAAGUAAAGGAUGUUAUCAGAAUCCUGCCAUGCAAGCAUAUUUUUCAUAGAAUAUGCAUUGACCCAUGGCUUUUGGAUCACCGCACGUGUCCAAUGUGUAAACUUGAUGUCAUCAAAGCCCUGGGAUAUUGGGGAGAGCUUGAGGAUGAGCAGGAGCUGCCCACUCCAGAAUCGACCCCUGGAAGUGUUUUGGCUGCAAAUUUGAGUAUUACUUUAGAAGAUGAUGACAGAAGUGAUGGGAGCAACUUGCCAUCGUCUUCCACUAAUGAGUCCGUGCCGCAGUGCGAUGCUACCUUUAAAGAAGAUGCGGGUGAAAACACAGCCUUACUAGAGACGGGCAGGAGCGACCCUCAGCGGGGAGGACCUGUCUGCUAGCACAUGUCCACUGCUGGAGUCGUGGACAGAGCUUCGGCUUGACUCAGAGGACACUUUAUUUUUACUUUAGCACAUAGUUUGUAUAUUUGAAAAUAAUGUACAUUCUUUUACCUUUCAGCUUCUGAUUUGAUAUGCAAAGGGCUAAGAUAUUUUAUUCUUAAAGAGACUUUUUGAUUAGUCUUUAUAUAUCAACUGAAAUAUAUCGUUAGGAUGAAUAUGUUGUUUCAGACCAUUGGGGAGGGGACGACCAGGAAGGCCUCCCCUGUAAAGGGCAGUGGUGGCUCUGAGUACUAGACAGCUACCACGGCGCUGUAGGAUUGAAGCGAACUCUGCUUCUCCAGGGUGCUUUUAGACUAGUUGAAGUGGAGUUGUGUAAUUAAAUGCAAUAAUUGAUCACGUGAAUUUCCCUAGAGGAAGGACUUUGUGAGUACAUUAAACUUAUAAAUGAGGUGAGCGAAGUCUGCAGCUUUCCUGCACCUCUGUAUUGCAUAGAGAGAUUUCACAACCUGAGAACACUUUUUAAUUAUUGUUUUCUAUUGGGAAUUAUGAGAAAAGCAUUAGAUGACUUUAGGAUUCCCAUAUUUCCCUUUUAUUACCUAAUUUCUUGUGACAUCUUGAAGAGGAGGCAAAUUUGUCCAUUUUUUCUAGAAAUAAAAAAGCUAAGAUUCUGUAUUGCAAUGAGUAUGAAUUUCUUCAUUGCCUUGUUAAGGAAAUCGAGUAGGCAGACUGAUUUUUUGGUAAAUGAUGAAUAUAUUGGUUCCAACUGCAACUUUACAAUUAAAACGGUGAUAGAUGGAGAAUUUUGAUUAUUGUAACAAAAUAAAUAAGUAACCAGUUUUCUUGAGUAA